GUUAUGGACAACCAGGUGCUUAUCCAGGUUAUCCACCACAACAAGGAUAUCCACAACCAGGAGCUUAUCCACCUCAGCAAGGUUACCCACCACAACAAGGUUAUGGACAACCAGGUGCUUAUCCAGGUUAUCCACCACAACAACCAGGAUAUCCACAACCAGGUGCUUAUCCAGGAUAUCCACCACAACAAGGAGCUCCUCAAAAGAAAUGA